UCUUGGGUGGAAUAAGGGAAAAGCUUAAUUUAAAAUGUCAACCCGUUACCAUCACGCCACAGUUGAUGGCUACCUGGAAAUUCUGAAAGAGGCUACCAAGAGAGAUCUCAAUCUUUCUGACGAAGAUGGCAUGACCCCUACACUCCUGGCAGCCUACCAUGGAAACUUGGAAGCUCUGGAGAUUAUCUGUAGCAGGGGGGGGGAUCCUGAUAAAUGUGACAUUUGGGGAAACACUCCCCUCCAUAUUGCAGCUUCCAAUGGACACACCCAUUGUGUUUCAUUUUUAAUCAACUUUGGUGCCAAUAUAUUUGCCCUAGACAAUGACUUAAAGUCUCCACUAGAUGCUGCUGCCAGUAGAGAGCAGAAUGAAUGUGUUGACAUCCUAGACAAAGCUUCUAGGGACCAGAGCAUCCUGAAUCCCAAAAAGGUUGCCAGACAGAAGGAACAAGCCCAAAGAAAUGCCAGGAAACAGAUUAAAGACUGUGAAAAGCUUCAGGAUAAACAUCAGAAUAAAAUGAAUCGCACCUUCAACAAGGAGAAGGCUGGAACUCUAUCUUCUUUCAAGGGCACUUAUUCCAAGGCAUCUUCUUCAAACCCUUCCUUUCCCACUGCAUUUGGAACUUUCUCUAAGGGUCUGAAAGAUACUUUCAAGAUAAGGUCCAAGAAAAACAGGAGCACAGAAGAAGAACAGAUGGGAAAAGGAACAGAGGAGAACAGGAGAGGACAGCGAAAUGUGAUGGAAGUGUUCCAGGAAGAUGAGGAAGAGUCUUUCACAAAUGGUUUCAAAGAAAAAAUACAGCUCACAGAAGAUGAGAAUAUUGAUAUGCAGCAAGAGUCCAUUUUCAAUCGUCCUGGUCUGGGCAAUAUUAUAUUUAAAAGAAAUUCAGCUAUUGAAGAUAUCUUAGAAAGAAAAAGAGAGAUGGGGCUUAAUAUAGUUUCUGGAUUGCUCCAGAAAGGAGGAACAGGAGGCACUGAUGAGACUGACCCAAAAGCAGAGAUAGAAGAAGAGAAUGAAGAGGAUAUGCCUUGGAAUGAGAAUGAAAUGGAAUGGGAAGAAGAUGAAGCAGAUAUUACCCCCCUUGAAUUGUUCUUGAUGUCUCAGAACCUGAGUGAGUUCUUCCCCAUCUUUAUGAGAGAACAAAUAGAUUUAGAUGCCCUCUUACUUUGCUCAGAUGAGGAUCUCCAGAGCAUACAAAUGCAACUGGGUCCAAGGAAGAAAAUCCUCAAUGCCAUAGGCAGGAGGAAGCAAUUACUGCAGCAUCCUGGUCAGAUGACUGACACAAGCCUCUGAUGAAUGAGUAUGUUCAGGAGGAGUGAUCAAGAUUAAUUGAUCUUUAUAAUGUAGGUCUGGGGAAUCUUGAUGCCAGGUCAAUGCUUUUCUCUCUCUUUCCUCUUUCUAAACCUAAAAUAAGCAAAUAAAACCCGAUAUCCAAAUUACCAUCUGGAAAAUUACCCAUUGCCUUCUAGGGAAAUUUUAUCUGGACUUGAAGAUGCUCUUCACAUCUUGAACUCUAGGAAUACUUCUUCCAAAUACAUCUCCACUGAGCAUCAUGAAGAGACUCGGGAAACAUGAAAAUGGUGUCUCAUUUCACAAGAUCUUUUCAAGUGUCUUUUUUGAUUCAUCUUAGGAAAAGGCUAGUGAAUGAUAAUGAAGGAAAAAACACCUGCUUUUCAAAGUUUAAACUUUGAAUUUGAACUAUCAUUUCUCAUCAUAUUAUGACCUAUUUCUUAUAUUCAAAUUCUAAAGUGAGCAGACCAUCCUAUUAAAAAAAAACACCUUUUUACAUUUCUGAACUAGAAGCCAAAAGCAUUGUUUAAGGGUGAUCUAAAUACAUAGAGAUGUUCCUCACCUCA